CGGCAUCGCUUCCUUCUCUCCUGCUAUCACUCCGAUCUCUCCAACACUGCCUUCCUCCCUCCUCUCUUCCUUUCCUCCUUUCGUCUUCUCCCCCUUCUUCGUCUUCUUCAAGUUCUUAUUUCCAAUCGUCUUCACUUUCUUCUUCUCCUGCUGCUGCUGCCACAGCUUCUCCUCCUGCUACCGAUGCAGAUGUUUGAAUGCCAGGACGACAAUGAUGAUGCAGAUGUCAAACGCCACCACGAGGAGACGAACACAAGGACGACUACGACGACGACGACGACGAUGAUGAUGAUGAUGAUGAUGAUGAUGAUGAUGAUGAUGGAGAAGUCGAAUGCCACGAGGAUGAUAACGAUGCAGGCGUCGAAUGGCACGACGAUGGUGAUGAUGCAGAUGCCGAAUACCGCCGCUAUGAUGCUGAUGGCGAUGAUGAUAACGAUGCAGGCGUCGAAUUGGACGACGAUGGUGAUGAUGCAGAUGCCGAAUACCGCCGCUAUGAUGCUGAUGGUGGUGAUGAUGAUGCAAAUGUGGAAUGCGAGAGAUGUCCAAUGUGACAGCCACCAGCUUGUCCAACUCGCAGACUCAGACCUAUUGAAUGCCGCUGCCAAGGGAAAUUAUCACGACAAGGAGGACGAUAAGGUUUGCCAGAGGGAUCACGAUGUCUGCUGCUACUUCCAAGAGUCGUAUAGGUUGACAGAGGAAAAGGCCAGAUCACCGGCCAUUGUGGCCAUUGCCAGGUGGAGCGUGGUUCUCCUGACGGAUCUUCAGGACUCUGCAGCACAGUUUGAGAAACUGUGGAAUGUGCUGACAGAGAUCCGAGAUGGGAAACAAGCCAGCAUCCUAUGGAAUGUGCUGACAGAGAUCCGGGUUGGGGAUUCCGACUCCGUCAGCAGAGGUAAGAGAUCCUGGAGUGGAAUCGUGACAAAAGCUGGACGGAUAGGAAGAGCUUGCGGAAGUCGGAGGCCAGAGCGGAAGCAGCGGGCAGACUUGCGCAGCAACGACAGCGAAGAGCAAAAGGGAGAAGGGAAACCCUUGCGCACCAAACGAGGCGAGAGGUGAAAAAGUAACUAAUUGCCACAACUAGCAACGGCGGUCCUGACAUCCAGGGGCCAAAAAAGAGACAAAACCAGAGAAGGAACAAAGAAAACAAGUCACG